UUUAACUUUUAUAAUAUCUAAUAAAUGGGAAUAUCCAAAGUGUACAAUUUCUGAAUUUUUUGUUGAAGUUCUGGGAGAUGAUAGAAAGCCAAAGUUUUGGAAUUCAUCAAAUAAAGAAAUAUAUCUUCUUGCUUGUUUAAAUGCUUCUAGUGAUUUAAAGCAAGAACUUCAAGGUGAAGUGAACAAUAUUGGUGAUGCUUCAGAAAGUUUACUUAAAUCUACUGCAAUUUUAUCCCAUCAAAUAUUAGGAGAAAAACUUCUUAAUAAUGCUGCGAAUAAGCUUCAAACCAAGACUAUAAAAACUUUACAAAGUGCAAAAGCUAUUACUCUUACCUUUGAUAGUUGGAAAAAUGUUGUAGAUAUUUCAAGUGAACGUAGCUCCAUGGAGGCCACAAUAAAAUUGGUAAAGAAUUUAUUAAUAGAAGAUGAAUUAAAUGAUGUUAAGAUUAUUGCAGUUGUCAUGGAUUCAUCAAGUGGUUAUGCUGCUGCAAAUCUUUGCAUCGUUGAUAUUUUCAAGUCAUUGCAAUCUUUUUUUACUACAAUUAAGCAAGCCGUAGUAGUUACUACUUUCUUUAAUAAAUCGCUUUUUUUUACAACACUUCUUAAAAAUACUUGCAAUAAUAUUAAAAUUCCUUAUUUUGCCUUCACUAAUCCUACUGAAACUUGGUG